CCACCAUUAAACCCACGCUACGCUAGACCCACCAUCUCCGAUUUACCCCAUACUCCUCCGCGGCAGUUCAACUGGCAGCCAAAGUAAACAAAAGCCAAUCCCUUCGACCUUCAUUAGAAGUAACAUUUGGCUCGGAUAUAAUCCGAUAGUAACCCCUCCUCUUUCGCACCGCAUCUCUUGACCCGAACGUACCCGUCCAGAUUCCAGUGUACAUCUUCACAAGUCAGACCACAAACCCAUCGCACCAUGGCUUCCCGAUCUCGCACCCUCCAACUCGGACAAGCUCUCCACAGCAGCUUAAACAGCCGCUUUUGCCGACCCUUCUUCUCCUCCUCCACUCUGACAUUCUUCAACCCUACAACUACCAUCACGAACAACCCCGCACCCCGCAUCCUCUCCAACAACUUCUUCAACCAAAGAAGAAUCAGAACAAUGGCUACCGCUGCUGCUGCUGGAAAGAAGAUUGAGUGGCUCGUCGUCGUGCCGGACUUUGAGGGUGUCGGGGAGAAGAGGUUGGAGGUUCGCCCUGACCACUUUGCUGGUCUCGGCAAGAAUAUCGAGAAUGGGGUUCUUCAGAUGGGCGGUGCCGUCCUCUCCGAACCUCCCACCUCCGACGACCCCAAGACCUUCAAGUUCGCCGGCUCCACCAUCGUCCUGCUCGCCGAGAGCCGGGAGGAGGUGAUCCAGAUUCUCAAGGAGGAUGUUUAUGCCCAGAAGGGUGUUUGGGAUGUUGAUAACGCUCAGAUGUGGCCCUUCAAGUGCGCCUUCCGCUUCCCUGUUCCCGGUCAGCAGUUCCAGCAGAAGCAGCAGUAGAUGUGGCUGGCUGGCUGGCUGGCUGGCUGGCUGGGGUUGGAGUUGGAGUUAAGUAGGUAGAGAUCAUCAGCAAAACAAACAAGAUUACAUUACAUGCCAAUGAAUGAAUGUUCCUUGGUAUCAUCAGCAUCUAU